AUGUAUUGGGCUACUAUUUUGCUUAUUGUUUUCUUGCCUAUUGUUUCAUCGGUUCGUCUAUAUGAACAAUGUGGUGGUGAAGGAUACGUAGGACCAACAGAAUGUGAUUGGCCAUUACAAUGUUUUCGACGAUCUAAUUGGUUUUCAUCAUGCCAAACAUCAUGUCCAGGUGGUGAUUGGGAGUGUGCUUCAGCUGGAAGUUAUCUCGGAGGCAAUGCAGAUGAUGCUGGUGCACAAAAUUGGGAACAAUGUGGUGGAGAAGGAUGGAAUGGAGCAACUUGGUGUCUUGAUUACCCGUGUGAACCACGUUCACAAUGGUAUUCUCAAUGUCGACCAGAUUGUCCAGUUGGAUGGAUAUGUUCGGAAAUUCCAGAUGAAGAAAUUCCAGACGAAGAUUUAGAAGAUUUAGAAUUAUACAAUCCUGACGAUGUUGAAGAAGAAGAAACUGAGACUGAUGAAUUUCCUGAUCCUUCAACAGUUGACUUAGAUGCACUUCAACAAAGGGAACAGGCACUUCUUGGAGAAGUUGACAUGGAAGAAGAUCCUUUUGCUGAUGCACAGGACGAAGAAGAGGAAUUUACAAUAGGCCGACGACGACGAAGCAUAGUACGAGCAACCUCAUGUAAAGCUAAUGGAAAGAGUGGAACAUGUAUAUCUACAUCAUCUUGUAAAGGUACAUCUGUAGCUGGACAUUGUCCUGGUGCAGCAAAUAUUCAAUGCUGUAUUCCCAAAAGUAGUGGUGGCAGUAGCAAACCUAGUGGUGGUGCUUGUGGAAGUUAUGCUAAAGCUGCUGUUCGAUCAAUCAAGGGCAAUGCAAAUAAGGCUUAUUCAGUAGUCAAAAUCAAACAAACACAUCUUGUCAACCCAGGUUCAUAUUCACUUUCACCAACAUCGUCGGAUAACACAAUGACAACUUCAACGGCUUGUGCUUUCGAUAAAAUGGCUGCCGCAGCUAGAAAAGCUGGUGUAUCGAUAAAAAUUGCUUCAGGUUUUCGUACUAUUUCUCGACAACAAUAUUUCUGGAAUUGUUAUGUAACAAAGAGAUGCAACAAUGGUAAUUUAGCUGCUCGACCUGGUACCUCAAAUCAUGGUAGAGGUAUUGCUUUGGAUUUAAAUACUAAUUGUGGCAAGCAAACACGUGCUAGACCAAACUGUGGUGGAAGUCGAGUGUAUCAAUGGUUGUACAAAAAUGCUCACAAAUUUGGAUUUACUCGUACUGUUAAAUCAGAACCAUGGCAUUGGGAAUUUCGUGGAGCUGGUGUUCGUCGUGCUAGCUUUUCAUAA